AUGGCGUUCAGCUUCAGGGAGCUCUUCUUUGGGGGCACGACGUUCUGCUGUUGCUUGAGAGUACGGUUGGGGGUGAUGAUCAUGUCCGUGCUAGGCAUGCUCUUCGCAGGGAUACUGUCAAUUUUGUUGUGGUUUGAAGUGUCCACUGCGCUUAAUUUGACGAGCAAGGAAAAGGCUGCACUUGUUAUCGCUGGGCUGGUUGAAACUCUAUUGUUUGUUGCCUCAAUGCUUGGAUUUGUAGGCGCCGUUGUGCGCAAACAACUUUUUGUGCAAAUCUACGCCUAUUUUAUCUACGUGCAUUUUGUGCUCAACCUCGGCGUUGCGGCAUUUCUGCUCUAUACGCUGGUUCAUGUGUCGACUACGGACCAAAACAAGGCGUGUCAGCUGGCGAUACAGAAUGCCGACGCGCAAAACCAGUGCACGAAUCUGUUUAGGGUGGGCCUCGGAGUAUAUGGCGCUGUUGCUGCGGGAGUGUUAUUGGCUGAGAUGUAUGGAGCGAUUAUCGUGGCGCGCUAUGUCAACCAGAUCCAGCGCGAGAAACGGAAUACUCGGGCCUCUCGCAUCAGCAGAAUGAGUGCUCGGGCGAGUGCUCGUUAUUCGAGUAUAAAAGACGCGUCUGAGCAUGACAGCAUUCCACUUCAUGCUACUAACACACCACACGCUGAAGAUUUUGACCCUUAUGACGACAAUGUUGAGGGACCAGACUUCAGACGAACGUCGCUUUCGACCUAUCCAGCUUACGAAGACCCUCAUGCUGCUGCAUCUCCCAAUGUCAAGGCCAAGGACCAUAAUUCAAAGGCGGAGCCAUAG